GGAGUCGAAAGGCAGGCAGCUCUGUGGGCUGUAAAAGGGACGCUGGCUGAACUCGUCUGCGGGUGGCCCUAGGAUGGGGCUUUAGAGUGUGCACGGAGAAGUCCCCGACCUGGCCUGCACUUAGAGUGCCGCUCCUCUGACCUCAGCAUCCGGCUCUGUGGCCGUCUGGGGUGAGCGUUGAGUACUCUGGCUUCUUUUCUCCUGCAUGUCCUGGUUUAGCGGCCUCCUGGUUCCCAAAGUGGACGAGCGGAAAACAGCCUGGGGUGAACGCAAUGGGCAGCAGCGCCUGCGCCGUGGGACUCGGGCUGCCGGCUUCUGCGCACCUCGCUAUAUGAGCUGCCUCCAGGAUGCAGAGCCGCCCAGCCCUACCCCAGCCGCUCCCCGGAGGUGCCCCUGGCAGGAUGAGGCCUUCAUCUGCAGGGGGGGCCCGGGCCCGGGCAAGGGCGUGGAGCUGGGGCUGCGGGCAGUGGCCCUGGGCUUCGAGGACGCGGAGCUGACGGCAGUGACGGGGGUGACUGAGGUGGCACCGCGGCGUGGGCGAUCGUGCUGGCGCCGCCUGGCGCAGGUGUUCCAGUCCAAGCAGUUCCGCUCGGCCAAGCUGGAGCGCCUAUACCAGCGCUACUUCUUCCAGAUGAACCAGAGCAGCCUCACGCUGCUGAUGGCGGUGCUGGUGCUGCUCAUGGCUGUGCUGCUGGCUUUCCACGCUGUGCCUGGCAGCCCUCAGCCUGCCUACGUGGCCCUGCUGGCUGGGGCCGCCACCCUGUUCGUGGCGCUCAUGGUGGUGUGUAAUCGGCAUAGCUUCCGCCAGGACUCCAUGUGGGUGGUGAGCUACGUGGUGCUGGGCAUCCUGGCUGCCGUGCAGGUCGGGGGCGCCCUAGCAGCUGACCCGCACAGCCCAUCUGCGGGCCUCUGGUGCCCCAUGUUCUUCGUCUACAUCACCUACACCCUCCUGCCCAUCCGAAUGCGGGCUGCUGUCCUCAGCGGCCUGGGCCUUUCUGCUCUGCAUUUGAUCUUAGCUUGGCAACUCAACCGUGGCGAUGCCUUGCUUUGGAAGCAGCUUGGUGCCAACGUGCUGCUGUUCCUCUGCACCAACCUCAUUGGCAUCUGCACACACUACCCAGCUGAGGUGUCUCAGCGCCAGGCUUUUCAGGAGACCCGUGGUUACAUCCAGGCCCGGCUGCACCUGCAGCACGAGAACCGGCAGCAGGAGCGGCUGCUGCUGUCCGUGUUGCCCCAGCAUGUUGCCAUGGAGAUGAAAGAAGACAUUAACACAAAAAAGGAAGACAUGAUGUUCCACAAGAUCUACAUCCAGAAGCAUGACAACGUCAGCAUCCUGUUUGCCGACAUCGAGGGCUUUACCAGCCUGGCCUCCCAGUGUACCGCGCAGGAGCUGGUCAUGACUUUGAAUGAGCUCUUUGCCCGGUUUGACAAACUGGCCGCGGAGAAUCACUGCCUGAGGAUCAAGAUCUUAGGGGACUGUUACUACUGUGUGUCAGGGCUGCCAGAGGCCCGGGCAGACCAUGCCCACUGCUGUGUGGAGAUGGGGGUGGACAUGAUCGAGGCCAUCUCGCUAGUGCGUGAGGUGACAGGUGUGAAUGUGAACAUGCGCGUGGGUAUCCACAGUGGGCGUGUGCACUGCGGUGUCCUUGGCCUGCGGAAGUGGCAGUUCGACGUGUGGUCCAACGACGUGACCCUUGCCAACCACAUGGAGGCUGGGGGCCGGGCCGGCCGCAUCCACAUCACUCGGGCCACACUGCAGUACCUGAAUGGGGACUAUGAGGUGGAGCCCGGCCGCGGUGGUGAGCGCAACGCGUACCUCAAGGAGCAGCACAUAGAGACCUUCCUCAUCCUGGGUGCCAGCCAGAAACGGAAAGAGGAAAAGGCCAUGCUGGCUAAGCUACAGCGGACGCGGGCCAAUUCCAUGGAGGGUCUGAUGCCACGCUGGGUGCCUGACCGCACUUUCUCCCGCACCAAGGAUUCCAAGGCCUUCCGCCAGAUGGGCAUUGAUGAUUCCAGCAAAGACAACCGGGGUGCCCAGGAUGCUCUGAACCCUGAGGAUGAGGUAGAUGAAUUCCUGGGCCGUGCCAUCGACGCCCGCAGCAUCGAUCAGCUGCGCAAGGACCACGUGCGCCGGUUCCUGCUCACCUUCCAGAGAGAGGAUCUGGAGAAGAAGUACUCGCGGAAGGUGGACCCGCGCUUUGGAGCCUACGUCGCCUGUGCCCUGCUCGUCUUCUGCUUCAUUUGCUUCAUCCAGCUCCUCGUCUUCCCCCAUUCAACCCUGAUGCUCGGGAUCUAUGCCGGUAUCUUCCUGUUCCUGCUGGUCACUGUGCUCACCUGUGCCGUGUACUCCUGUGGUUCUCGGUUCCCCAGGGUGUUGCAGCGCCUGUCUCGCGGCAUUGUCCGCUCGCGGGCACACAGCACAGCAGUUGGCAUCUUUUCAGUCCUGCUUGUGUUUACCUCCGCCAUCGCCAACAUGUUCAUCUGCAGCCACACCCCCAUACGGAUGUGCGCGGCCCAGAUGCUGAAUUUAACGCCCUCCGACGUUACUGCUUGCCACCUGCAGCAGCUCAAUUACUCUCUGGGCCUGGAUGCGCCCCUGUGUGAGGGCACCACACCCCCCUGCAGCUUCCCUGAGUACUUCGUUGGGAACAUGCUGCUGAGUCUCCUGGCCAGCUCUGUCUUCCUGCACAUCAGCAGCAUUGGGAAACUGGCCAUGAUCUUGGUCUUGGGGCUCAUCUAUCUGGUGCUGCUUCUGCUGGGUCCCCCAGCCACCAUCUUUGACAACUAUGACCUGCUGCUUAGCGUCCAUGGCUUGGCUUCUUCUAAUGAGACCUUGGAUGGGCUGGGCUGCCCGGCUGCAGGGAGGGUGGCCCUCAAAUACAUGACCCCUGUGAUCCUGCUGGUGUUUGCGCUGGCGCUGUAUCUGCACGCCCAGCAGGUGGAGUCUACAGCCCGCCUGGACUUCCUCUGGAAACUGCAGGCAACAGGGGAGAAGGAGGAGAUGGAGGAACUCCAGGCGUACAACCGGCGGCUGCUGCAUAACAUUCUCCCCAAGGAUGUGGCUGCCCACUUCCUGGCCAGGGAGCGCCGGAAUGAUGAGCUCUACUACCAGUCGUGUGAGUGUGUGGCUGUGAUGUUUGCCUCCAUUGCCAACUUCUCUGAGUUCUACGUGGAGCUGGAGGCCAACAAUGAGGGUGUCGAGUGCCUGCGGCUGCUCAACGAGAUCAUCGCCGAUUUUGAUGAGAUCAUCAGCGAGGAGCAGUUCCGGCAGCUGGAGAAGAUCAAGACUAUAGGCAGCACCUACAUGGCUGCCUCGGGGCUGAACACCAGCACCUACGACCAGGUGGGCCGUUCCCACGUAACCGCCCUGGCUGACUACGCCAUGCGGCUCAUGGAGCAGAUGAAGCACAUCAAUGAGCACUCCUUCAACAACUUCCAGAUGAAGAUCGGGCUGAACAUGGGCCCAGUUGUGGCCGGUGUCAUUGGGGCCCGGAAGCCGCAGUAUGACAUCUGGGGGAACACGGUGAAUGUCUCUAGCCGUAUGGACAGCACAGGGGUCCCUGACCGAAUCCAGGUGACCACGGACCUGUACCAGGUUCUAGCUGCCAAGGGCUACCAGCUGGAGUGUCGAGGGGUGGUCAAGGUGAAGGGCAAGGGGGAGAUGACCACCUACUUCCUCAAUGGGGGCCCUAGCAGUUAGCAGGGCCCAGCUACCAAUGCAGCUGACGGGACCAAGGUGGGCAUUGAGUGGACUCUGUGCUCGCUGGGAGGAGCUGUGGGGGUGGGGUGGGGUAGUGCUGAGCCUCCAGACCCUGCUGACUGUCAAAGGGGCGCCCCAGGCAGGCUGGACUUGGGCCACGCUUGUCUGCCUUGGGGCUGGCGCACGAGCGGAUACCAAGAGGACCAUGCAAGUGGCUUUCUUUCUAAUUGGGGUAGGGCUGUUCCCUCUCCUCUCCCAGCUGUGGAGGCAGGAGCAGCACUCCUGCCCGAGAGAUCACAAUGGCAGCUUGCCAUGCCUACCCUUUGUCUGCCUGGGCAAACAGGCUCAGGGCUGGGCCCUUCCUUGUCUCUCUUUUUCCUGGGAAUAUUUUGUACAAAGACUGGGGCAGGCAUGAAGAGUGCCUAUUCCACGCUUGCCUGUGGUAUGCCUGUGUUCCCGACACUGGUCCUGGGCAUGCCCCUGCCGCAGCCAGGUCUCCCUCCCUCGGCACAGGGCACAGGAGGGUGAUGGCUCUAGGGGCCCAGCUCUGUCCAUGUUUCCGGGGAAUGUUUCCAUUUGCCAAAUCCUAGUCCCAAGAUCUGUCCCCAAAGGGGAACGAAGGGACCUCUGACAGCUCAGAUUUAGCCCCGGUUCUUGUGUGCUCUGGGGAAAAGCAGUGUCUGACCUCACUGGUACUGUGAAAACGCCCAACCAGAGAGUAGGCCUGUGUGUGCGUGGGGAUGUCAGUAGUUGGAGGUUCACCUGCAGGUGCCAAAGAGAGCAGGUAGCCUGGGAUGGGGUAUUGCCAGAUGCUGAUCAGAGACCCCAGUGAGGUCAGGGUCAUGUCACUGGGCCCCAGUGCUUGCUUGUUGUCUGCUGGAAAGGGGGCAUGAGUGUCUCUUGCCCCUUCAUUUGCCAAAUAGAAGAGGGUCAGGGCUUGGAGGAAGAUGACCCUGGUCUCACACCCAUCUUUCCAACUCCUCUGGCACUGGGGAGGGCCUGUGUGUGUGUGUGUUGCUCUUUGUGUGCAAUUCUGUUUUCCAGGUCUGUGUGUGUCCUUGGCUCCUGUUCCUCAGCUCUCCAGUCCGAGUUGGCCUCUCUCCUGUGGGCCUCUGUCUUCUGGGAAUAGGGCAGGGAUUCCUCUUUCCAGGGCUGUAGAGAGGUGCCCAGAUUUGCACAGGAGUGGGAGCAGAAGGAGGGUGGCCUGGGAGAGAAGUCUUUUAUUUUUUGUGCCAAAUCCCUAAGUGCCAUUUGGGGGCCACAUGUGCAGCAUGACUGUCUCCCUGCCUAGGGCAGGGACACAGGUGCCUGCCUGAGCCUCAGUGCCCUGGGCACUUCGCCUGUUUAGGGUUUGGUGGGCAGGCUUUGCAGGAAUCUGCCUCGGUUCCCCAGCUUGUGUCCUGGGAUAUGGUGUUCUUUAAGAUGAGGGUAAGUCUGGGGUCCCUCUGAGGACCCAGCUACUGGUACUAAGGGGUGGGGCAGGGGAAUCUUACACUAGGCCUUUGCCUGGGUCUAGCCUGUUCCUGCCUCCCCAGCCCCAUGAAGCCUGUGAGGGAUGGAAGAGGGUUAGCAAGUUGGACUUCAGAUUCUCUUCCUAUCCUGUCUCACCCCAUUCCCUGUAAUCGCCUUGACUCUGGCCUGAAUUAGCUGGUGCCUUGGCUUCUCUGCCUAUAUCUAGUUAAGCCAGAGGCAAUGGCCUGGAUUCUGCACAAAGAGACUAAAGAGAGAAGAGAAUAAACCCUAGAGUUGCAGGGUUCGGGGAGCAGAAGGCGCUCUUGCCCUCCCCUCAAUACUCUUCUGAUACCAGCUCCCUGCAGAAGCCUGUCUCUGGCUCGGUACUGCCUGCCUUGGGCGUUCCUCACGCAUCAACCAAGUGGGCCAUUAGGCACUUCAUUAGCCAAGGCAGCUGAUCCAGAUGGGAAACCCACUUCCCUUCUGCAAGCCGUAUCUCUGACUAGGAAGGGGGAUGCUUGGUGUCAUGGUGUGGGCGUGUGAGUGUCAGCAAACCAGAGUGGGAAGACCUCAGUCCUGGGUGGCCUGUCUCUGCUGCUUGUCAGGUGGCUGGGACCUGUCCACCUUCUGGCCCCCCUACUCCCCAUAGCACCAUGCCAGCUGUGCCCUUCCCCCCAGGCUGCCGAUGCUGGGGGAUGAGUCAGGGGAUGGGAGGCUGUGGGCUUUGGUUUUACAAUGUAACCACUGUGGGAGGUUGGGGAAGGGUGGCAUACCAUGUAUUUCAGUGAAAUAUUUAAUAUAUU